GCGCUCCGGCUGGGCAGAGCUGCACCGGCGUGCGCGGCGCAUCCUCCCUGUGUCUCGCUGCACUGUGACCCCACCAUAUGGCGAAGUGAAAGUUACGGCUCUAAGGUGGUAAAGUUUCGUUGUUCGGAAGCGCAGCAGCGUGCGGUGCACGAAGCGGGGGCCGCCGCCUUGCUCCCAGAAAUGGCCAGGCGAGACAGCAGCAGUGACAGUGAUUCCAGCUCAUCCAGCAGCAGCAGCGGCAGUAGUAACAGCUCUUCCAGUAGCAGUUCAAGCAAUUCAAGUGGAAGUAGCAGCAGCAGUAGCAGCAGCAGCAGCAGUGGUAGUACAGGAAGCAGUAGUGGGAGUUCUUCAUCAAGUCUCGAGAAGAAAAGGGGAAAAUCACCCAGAAAUACCAGGAGGAGAAAAGAAGAAAAGCACUCUGAGAGAAGAGAGAGAACUUCCUCACAUGGGGACCACCGGGUGAGGGCAUCUAAUCGAGACAGAAGAGAUGAAAAGCUAACCUUCAGAGAAGAAAGGCAUUCAGAUACCAAACAAUCAAGCUGGUCAAAGGAAAGAAGGCCAGAGAGUGUCAGAAGGCGCCGUUCACCAGAACCUUCUUGGAAAGAACCUUCAAGAAGUCAUAGUCCUCAAGAGUUUAGGCGAAGGUACAGUCCAGAUUCAAGGAGUAAAACUGGGGAUGAUAGGAAUAGAAGACGCAGAAGAAAAUCUAAUAGCUCUUCACCCAGACACCAAAGGCGGGAAUGCAGAUCCACUUCCCGAAGUCCUCGCUGGUCAUCAAGGAAAGAGGCUACAACUUCAAAAUAUAGUAUUAGAUCAGAGAAGGCUGACAGUCACAAAAGAAGUCCAGAAAGUAAGGACAAAAGAUCUAAGGAAAUGCGUCCAUCCAGUAGCAGGAGAAGUUUACAGGCAGAAGAAAGUACUCGUCGAGCACGUUCAAGAAGCUAUAGUCCUUCAAGAUCAAGGCAGUUCCAUUCUAGUCAUGAUUCAAAGGAGAAAAUCAGGAAGAGUAGGCAUCGAAGAUCAGAUAGCUCAUCUCACAGUCCUCACAGAGAAGGUCAUAAAAGUUCCAAGAGUCCUGAUUCACAUUCUUCAAAUAUAAGAAACAAAUCUCAGAAAAAUAGCAAAACAGUAGAAUCUGAACCAGAGAGAAGGAAAGAAGAAUGUAUUGUUACACAGGGAAGAGGUAAUGCUUCUGAAAGUCCAGAUAGUAAUGAGCCAAGCACCAAACAAUCUGAAGUAUGCUCUGUUGGAGAAUGUUCCCGAAAUAACAGUCCUGAAAGUACAAAACAAAAUUCUCCAAGUGUCUCCUCCAGAAGUAGAGGUGAUGAUCGUGAAUGUACUCCUCAAGCACAGCAACAAAAACCUGAUGCUUCACCGCAUUCAAGUGCAAUAGAAACACACAAAUCAGAGAUAGAAAGUCCCAGAUCAUCACAUGAUGAAAUUACUGAUUUUCAGAAAAGCAGAAUGGUACGUCCAGAUUGUCUGGAAGAAAGUAAAGCUCCUACAAACCAGGAAGAAUGUAGCCAUGAACCAAGUCCUGACCAAGGGACACAAAAUUGGUCCGAGAAUAUACAUUCCACAAGUAAUAGAUCUCUUACUGUCUCUCCUACAAGUUUGGAGAAAGAUUUGCCUGCAAAUAUUAGCAACGAAGAAUCAAGAAGUAAAAAGAAAGGUAAAAAAAACAGAAGUAGAAAUUCUUCUGCAAGUUCAAGACGAAGAUCGUCCAGUACAUCAUCUUCCACCUCCUCCUCAUCAUCGUCUUCAUCAUCGUCUUCCUCUUCUUCCUCUUCUACCUCUUCCUCAUCCUCAUCAUCUUCGUCAUCUUCAACAUCCAGUGAAGAAGAGAGCAAAGAUAAGCCCGGCUCUGAUUUAGAGCAGCGGAUAUUACUUCAUGGUCUUAAUUCUGAGAAGUCACCAUUAUCAGCACUUGAUGAUAGUGGGAGAACAGAACCUGAUGGUAACAAAGACAGGUUUGAAGCUUUUCAGUCAUCAGAUGAAAAAAGGGUGCUUUGUCCUGCAGAUAGUACUGGAAAAAUCCCUUCUCAGAGUCAUAGUCCUCUGCAGGACCAAGACCAAUCCCAGUUCCCAAGUUCGUGUGAUCAAAUGUAUGGAAAUCAGUCACCUGAAAGGGAAAUACAGAGUCCUAAUGGAGUAUCUUCAAGUGAAAAAAAACAUGACUCCAAUGCAUCAGAAUCUUCCCCAGUUCGGGUUACACCCAGUUCUCAAAAAAGUGGAAAGUUUCUGUCAGACACUGAAAAAAUAGAUGAAAGGAGCAGUCAAAAAAUAAGUCCUGAAAAUAAAGAACCUGACAGUACUUUGUCAUCUGAUCUGGGAGGUGAUAAUUCAAAUAUCCAAAGUCCACAUGUAUCCAGUCAAAGACAACAGAGUCCAAUUUUAGAAAGUAUCGAUGGAAAGGAACCAAAGUAUCCUCAGAAAAAAAGGCCACGGUCAUCUUCCUCUGAGAGGAGGGAUGGUUCUGGAUCUAGAUCCGGAUCUGAGAGUCCAGGUGCACCUCCUCGGAAGAUGAAAUCCAAGUCAUGUAGCCCAGUUUCAAGUUUGAGGAAGCUAUCGGGACAUUCUCGGUCAUCUUCACCCAAAGAACAGGAUGAAGAGAGCAGAAAAUCAAGGGACAAAUCAGGCAUACAAAUGGUUGAAAACAUUCCUCAGAAUGAGAGAGAAAUUGUCUCUGCCAGUGAAGCUCCCGCUAAUUUGGAGAAUCCUGUGAGGAUUGGAGGUGGAGAGAUUUCAAGUAGCUCAGACAGUGAGGAAAGUGCGGCAAGCAGUGGUACAGCUGUGCAAAAAAUGAAAAGCAGCGUGGUACAGAUACAGCUUAACUCAAACGAGGAGAGGGCAGUCAGCCACAGUCCACGUCGAAGAAGUUCCUCUCCUGAACACAGGCAUAAAGGUCGUGAAAGGUCGCGCUCUAGAUCCCCUAGAGAUACAGGCAGGAAUGCUUGUGACAGAAGAGUAUCCAGCAAUGGCAGAUAUAAUGAUAAAAAUUUACAGUCUAGAAAUAGAGACAAAGAGAGACACACAAACGUAGAUCGUGAAUCAGAUCACAAGAAGAGGACAAAAUCACCAUCACCUAUAACAAGGAAUCAGGAAGAUGAUGUCACUCAAAGUUCCAAUGAGCCCCCAUCGAAAAAGAAAAAGGCAGAAUUGGAUCCUAUUCUUACACGGACAGGUGGGGCAUACAUUCCUCCAGCAAGGCUAAGAAUGAUGCAAGAACAAAUUGCAGACAAAAGCAGUUUGGCCUAUCAGCGAAUGAGUUGGGAAGCUUUAAAGAAGUCAAUUAAUGGUCUCAUCAACAAAGUGAAUGUCUCAAACAUAGCUAAUAUUAUUCAUGAACUUCUUCAAGAAAAUAUUGUUCGGGGAAGGGGAUUGAUUUCAAGAUAUAUUAUACAGGCACAGACGGCCUCUCCUAUAUUUACACAUGUUUAUGCUGCUGUUGUGGCAAUCAUAAAUUCUAAGUUUCCUCAAAUUGGGGAGCUGAUUCUCAAAAGAUUGAUUUUGAACUUUCGCAAAGGUUAUCGCAGAAAUGAUAAGCAACUGUGCCUUUCAGCCUGCAAGUUUGUAGGUCAUCUUGUUAAUCAGAACGUUGCCCAUGAAGUCUUGUCUUUGGAAAUGCUCACAUUAUUGCUUGAACGGCCUACGGAUGACAGUGUUGAAGUGGCAAUUGCUUUUCUGAAAGAGUGUGGAAUGAAACUGACAGAGGUUUCUCCCAGAGGCAUUAAUGCAAUAUUUGAACGUCUUCGGAAUAUCCUUCAUGAAUCUCAAAUUGACAAGCGAGUCCAAUACAUGAUAGAGGUUAUGUUUGCAAUUCGUAAGGAUGGAUUUAAGGAUCACCCCAUCAUACCUGAAGGUCUCGAUCUGGUUGAGGAAGAUGAUCAGUUUACUCACAUGCUUCCCUUGGAGGAUGAUUAUAAUCCUGAAGAUGUGUUAAAUGUCUUCAGGAUGGAUUCAGAGUUCCUUGAUAAUGAACAGAAGUACAAAGAUCUAAAAAGAGAAAUUCUUGAUGAAGGUAGUAGUGAUUCUGCUUCUGGUGGUGAAGAGGGUGAUGAUGAUACAGAAAGUGAUGAUGAAGAUGAAGCUGAGACUGAGGAAGGUGUAAAGAAAAUAACCAUACAUGACAAGACUGAAGUAAACCUUGUUUCAUUUCGUCGUACCAUUUAUCUUGCUAUCCAGUCCAGUUUGGAUUUCGAAGAAUGUGCUCAUAAAUUAUUGAAGAUGGAAUUUCCUGGAAGUCAAACUAAAGAACUAUGCAACAUGAUUUUAGAUUGCUGUGCACAACAAAGAACAUAUGAAAAAUUUUUUGGUCUUUUGGCUGGACGCUUUUGCAUGUUAAAAAAGGACUAUAUGGAAGCUUUUGAAGGAAUCUACAAAGAACAGUAUGAAACUAUACAUCGGUUAGAAACCAACAAACUGCGCAAUGUGGCCAAGAUGUUUGCACACCUCCUGUACACAGAUUCAAUUCCUUGGAGUGUUCUCGAAUGUGUUCAUUUAAGUGAAGAAACAACAACAUCUUCCAGCAGAAUCUUUGUAAAGAUCCUUUUUCAAGAGCUUUGUGAAUAUAUGGGACUCCCCAAACUAAAUCAAAGACUACAGGACAUAACUCUACAGCCUUUCUUUGAAGGUCUCUUUCCCAGGGAUAAUCCACGCAAUACUCGAUUUGCUAUCAAUUUCUUUACCUCUAUUGGUCUUGGAGGGCUAACAGAUGAGUUACGAGAACAUUUAAAAAAUGCUCCAAAAAUCAUAAUGACACAGCAGCAAGAUGUUGAAUCAUCAGAUUCUUCUUCCUCGUCCUCUUCCUCCUCGGACUCCGAUUCAGAUUCAUCCUCUGAUUCAGAAUCGGGAAGUAGUGGAAGUAGCAGUGAUAGCGAUAGCAGUUCAGGAUCAUCUAGCAGUAGUUCAUCUUCCAGCAGUAGCAGUGAUUCAGAUGAUUUAAAUUCAAAGAACAAGAAAAUACAGAAUAAAAAUGAACGAGGUGAAGAAAAAAUAGACAACAGAAAGAGGCCACGUGAGAGGGAAGGAUCUAGAAAAGACCAAGAACGUGGAUAUCGAGGUGGAAGUGAGGAACAGGAAAGAAGUAGUGUCAGAACACAUAGGAAGCCUAGAGAGAGAAGAGAUGACUCAGACAGACAUGAUAGGGAGGACAGGAAUGAAAGAGAUCGCAAACGCAGUGAUAGGUAUAAAGAACAUGAUCGAAACCGUGACUUUACAGAUAAACAUACUGAGUACAGAAAAGAAGAUGCAAGGAACCAUUCUCGUUCUGAAAAUGAUAGGAACAGCUCCAGGAACAAGGAUAGCAAUGAUCAUUACAGUCAUGGCAGGGAAUUGUCAAAAUCUAGAGAGAAGUGUCGUGAAGAAAUCCAAACCUCGAGAAAUAGUGAAGAAGACCACCCAAAAAAUGGUGUAGAUAAGCGAUCUGGAAAGCAUGAUCGUCAUGAGAGUAGAUACUCAGAACGUUCUAAGGACUACAGAAAAGAUGACGGCAGGUACAGGGAAAGUUCUCCAAGAAGACACUGAGUAUUUACAAUGCUGCUACUAAGCAAAAAAAAACUGCAUUGCCAAAGCUCUGAUGAAGGCCGCAGAAAUCCAAUAACUAAAGAAAAAGGAACCAGGUCUUGAAUAGAACUGCCGAUCUGUACGUAGUUUCCACUGGAAUCUCACAAACUGCAAUUUCCAGUUGUCAUCUUUUGUAAUUAUUGAAAUCUGCAUUUAAAAAGAAUGAGUAAAUACAGUCAACCAAUUCUUCUUUUUGGACAAACCGGGAAGGUGUGCAGAUUUAUUUUGUGGACAGUGAUACAUUUGAUAAUGCAUUUAUAGAGGAUUUGACAUUCUCUUAUUUCAUGUAAAUGUUUUGUUUGUCAACUCAAAUAAAAAUCGUGCAGAUAUGUCACCAUUUUGGAGGUUUUUAAUCAACUACUUUUUUUCUUGUUUUUCUAUGAUCUAUAUUACAUUAGCAUUUAAAACGGGUUAAAAUAGUCACCAAUAUACCUUUGACUUGGAAAUACGUAGAUAUAGUUUGUUUCUUGAAAAUGUGCCAUAGUAUUUUUAAAUGUUAGGACAUAUGUAUUAUAUAAAUUUGACAUGUAUGCCAUGAAAAUUUGUCUACAUUUAUGUUUACCUAGUGUAUAUGUAUAGUAGAUAUUCAAAUUAAUAUUUUAAAGUGCCUUUUUUGAAGCUUGGAUAAUUAACAUUAAUUGAUGUACAAUAUAGGCAAAUUGUCCUGGAAAACAUUGCACUACUACUUUAAUCUUGAGAUGUUAACAAUAUUUCAGUGCUGCCGCCGUGAAAUGUGAUUGUUUCGUUUUACUAUUUACCUAGAUAGUUUGAAGCCUAGUUUUGCUUUUGAAAAUUUAAAAUCUAGCUUAUUCAAAACUACUCAAUGGAAAGAAAAAUGUUGGUUUUUGUUGUACUUUGUAUUUUUUGUUAACCAGAUACUAAAAUCAAAUCCUUUUAGUUUUGUUAUCUUGCAUGAUGGAAGCCAAAACACAUAAUGUUGCUUUGUAAUAGGCAAAAAGAAAGUUUCGAAUUGAGUUCAGCUCACUAUUGAAGCAUUUAUUGGAGGUAGCUUGACCUUUCAAAAAGGUUUCAUAAGAUCUAUUUGUUUUGGUAGUAUUCAUCAGGUUUAUGAGAAAGUGACCCUUUCACAACAGUUAUACAUGUUUAAAAUUACCAAAAUAUAAUCUACUUGUAGCUAUUACAAAACUGACUGACUUAAUAAAUUUACGAGUAUGCCCUCUAGAUUUGGGUGAUACUGCUAAGACCUCAUUCACUACUUCCUGAGGUGAUGGUGAUGCGAAUAUUUGAAUUAUGGUAGAAUUUCUAUUGAUUCAGCUCUCUUGAUUGUUUUAGAUGGGGAAUUCCUGAAUAUUGAUUGAGUAUUAAAGAAAGGAUGUCAGUGCACAUCCAAUUCAGAGUAGGACAAGGAGAAGUAGAAGGUAAUAAUAUUUGCAUAACUUAAUUAAGGUUCCUACCAGUUUUCAAAAUCAGGACAUUUGCAGUGUUUCUGAAGUGAGUCUCAUUUGCAGGGCAUCUCUGCAUUAUAUCUUGUAGCAAAAGAAGACUGAAUUUCGCAGAUAGGUUGCCUCUUGAUCAAGAAUGAGGUUGAAGUUAAAUGAUGCACCCCUGCAGGUGAAUGACAGAUAAACUGUCAUAAGCUUAAUGAGCCUUGCUGAGAGUAGGUUCAGGAAGUAAUCUGCUGAAGUAUAAAAACUUUGUUAUUUUGGUCAGGUGUAGGCCUCCUUUUGUUCAAUCAUUAUUGUUCUGCACUUUGGUGUAGUCUCAUUUGGUCCUUAGUUGGAAUUCCCCGUCAUCAGUCCAGGUAUAGAUAUUGGUCUAGUUGUGCAGUAAAUUAUUAAGCCCUUUGACCUUGUUAGAAGACAGAACCAUUAGCUAAUGUCCAUUCAGCUCUAUGUCAGACCAGUGAUGAAACUAUCGAGGUCAAAGGAACCCUUCACGGAACCUUCAGAAGUUAGGCUGUGAUAAUAGCCUCCAGGCAAGACACUUUCCUGCAUCCCUUUCACCCGGCACUUCAGUUCACCUGGAUUGUAACAGAAUUCAGAGUUAAAAUGUAAUCAUAUCUAUUUUGACUUAGUGCCCUUUGAUUUUUUUUUCUCUCUCCUAAUCAGCUUUCAUUCUCACAAUUGGAAUAUGGCUGUAAUGAAGUCUGUAAUUUGAAUGUUGCUGAUAAUAUGCAACUUAGAAUUGUUAGGUAAGUAUCCCCUGGGGGGCAGUUAAUGGUUCCUGCCGUUAGUGAUGAUUGGUGCAAACUUAAAAUUAACCAUUGGUUUGUCAUCCAGGCAUUCUGCUUUUGGAGGUGCUAGAUGUGGUGGGGGGAAUACAUGAAGAGUUUUUAAGUUUGGUAAACAUGUCACUGUGAUAGCUUUUCUAGAAAAGCCAUGGACUGUAAUGGCUGUAUUUUGAAAAGGAGGUGGAGUAGAUUCAGCAAUUAUUAGCACUCCUGUUUUUCACAAACUAAAUGUGACAGCGUUGUAGGUCUCUGAUUUAGUUCAUUUAUGUCUCUGGUAGCCUACCACUUUAGUGCUUAUGGAAUUUGCAGCUGUUAGUCCAUAAGCUCAUCAGUUACUGAGUUAUCUUUAGGUAUUGUUGAUGACAUGUUCAUCUUCAUGCUCACUUCAUUGAACUAAAAUCAGUCUGGAAUAUCUAUUGCUCUACUGCAAUGUUACAGUAUAUGUAGUGUUAUGUUAUUGCUAUUUGUUUUUUUUCCCCUUGAGUGAUGCAUAUCACUUCACCUCAUUGGCUUAGUGUUUCUAACCUUGUAUGAUGCAAUCUUCAAAGUGAAACAAUUUUGUGUUCAUGUGGACUGUGUGGUAAUCAUUCCCCCUACUAAUAUUGCUGAUGUUGAUAAAGUCUUAAAGGUUACAGUUCUUUCUUAACCUAAAGUAGUUCUAAUGUUCUAAAGGAGUCUUGAAUGUCAAUGAAGCAGCACUAGUCUCUGAAGGAGCCAACAACUGCAUGUCGAAUGUAUCAAGUGCUUGUGAAAGCACUGGCCACUGGUAAAUUGAGUGCAUCACAGUUUUUGUCAUGUUCACAGUUAUCACCAUUCAAAGCACUUGGACCAGUAUUUGUUUGUUGAUGUACCUAAAUUGUCACUGGCUUGCAGAAAACUACAAUAAGUAAGGUGUUUCUGAACAGAUAACACACUGCUCAAUUUUUCUUCCCUUUAAAACAGCAUGUCAUAUUGUCCCAUUGUAAGAUUUCUCUCAUUACAUGCAAGGUUUCAAAGAAUGUUGACCAAGUUAAACUGCAUGGUGAACUAGGGUUAUCAAGUGGAUGCAACACCAAAGAUUAAUUCACAGUGUACAUGAUAUUUGGAUUUCCCAAACUUAGGUACUGCUUUGAAAGUUCCAUGAGACAAAAGCCUUUUAAGUUUUGCAACAAGGCUUGCAAAACAAUUUUGCUUGUUAGCUGAUUGCAGUUCAGCUAAAAUGGAGGUGGAGCAAAUUCCAGGGCUGAAUUGGGCUCAACUGGAAAUGAAUUAUUAAAAAAAUUAAGUACGUGAGAUAAAAAACCCAGGGAUGGGCAAAUGGAAGACUGAGAAUGAGUAAGAUAGAGUGGGCCAGAAAUGGAUCACGGCAAAGGUUGAGGAGAAAGGGGAUCUGGUGUAAAGAGCUUAGAUUGUACACUGACAAUAAACUAGUAACAGAGAAACCAUACAUGAGGGCCAGGAAAUUUGUAACUCAGAUACAGAGCUGAAAUUGUGUUGGUGAUCAAAAGGGAUUGGGAUACCUUGGAUAUGUGGUCCAACAUUCUAUGAGGAACAUGGAGCGGCAGAAACGAAAAGGAAUGGGAGCAUUUUUGAGAGGAGCUGCAAUAAAAUGAUACAUGGAAGUGCUAAACAGAAGUAGUUCUUCAACUAGUUCAUCAUUGGUAUAUCUAAAAACCUGCUGGAGCUUGAGGUUUUCAGGUAUUAUAGAAGGAUCUCGAAACAUGUAUGCAACCCUUUACAGAUUGGGAUUACUCUUAGCUUGCAGACUGGAGAGCUUGAGGAUUAAUGUUACCUCAGCAAUUGAGAGAUAAUGUGCCUCAACUUUCAAUUUUUCUGUGUGAAAUGCGGCAAUUGCCAAAUGACAGGAUGUCUGAUCAGUCCCACCAUUUAAGUUUCAUAGGCUGCUAAAUUGUCUUGAAAUUAAAAAUGUUUAAAGUGUAAAUUAAUUGGUGUCUAAAUUUGCAUUAGUGUGUAUUUUGAAGAGCAUUUGCUUUAUUUUUUACAGCUUCAGUUUCAAACUAAUACCAAAAACUGAAUAUUUUACUAUUUUUAAAUGUUGAAAAAUUAGGGCAGCAUAAUUUUUGAACAAGUUAAUUUGCAUGACCUUGUAAACUUGUAUGAGUUUGUUAGUAUGCUGGAAUUUUUGUCCAAGUAAAAUAUAAGUUUUACAUAGCUAAACUGAUCACGUGCUUCAGUGAAUGCAUAAAUUUUUAAUGUUUUAUACCUUCUUAAGAAAGGACAUUUUUGAUUUUACUUGUUUUAAUCAUGAUUUCCAACAUUUGAUCAAUCGUAAUGAAAUACUGAAGCAACUUUGAGAGAAUUGUUUAUUUUGUUUCAUAGUUAAUAUAAUUGUGCUUGUGUGAGUAUUGUGGGCAUGCAUAAUUGGAUAUUGUAAUAGUAUAUUUAUCACACCAUUACAAAUUGUAAGAUAUUGUUGAGCUGGUUGUGUGAAUGUGCAGUAUUUUUUUAAUUAAAUGAGCUUUAAUUUUGUCUUACUCU